AUGCACCACGUUCUGGUCGGUGAGUCGUGCUACACGGCUUCUGAAAUUCAGAAGCUCGUGCAGCGUAUCAACGAUCAGAGUCCCGUCAAGGUUGCCAAGCUCACGGGCUCCUGGCAAUACUACCUCGAUCUCGAGACAGAAGAUGCCGCCGUUCUCGGCAGCAUCAAGAAGAUUCUCGAGGCCAUUGAGGAGCCCGCAAACGCUUCGUCAGCCAGCAGCAACGAUAAGGCCAUCGAUAUCUACGUCAGUCCCCGAAACGUUUCACCAUGGAGCUCCAAGGCAACCAGCAUUGCACUGGUCUGUGACCUCAAGACCGUUAACCGCAUCGAGCGAGGUCGAGUCAUCCAUAUCGAAUUUGAAGAUUCUUUCAAGGGAGAGGAGGACCUUGUCUUCCGCGACGUUCUUCAUGAUCGCAUGACAGAGUUCUUCAGCCUUUCGCCCCCCGUCCUCGAUACCAUGUUCGCUCAUGGCACCCGAAACCCACUUGUUGUGGUUGACAUCUUCUCAGACGAACGAGGCCCACUGGCCGCACUCCAAGACCAUAACAAGCAGGCUGGACUUGGCCUUGACCAGCCUAACAUGGAGUACCUGGUCAAGCAGUACACUGCGCUUGGUCGAUCUCCUAACGACGUCGAGCUGUUUAUGUUUGCUCAGGUCAACUCCGAGCACUGCAGACAUCACGUCUUUAAUGCCUCGUGGACUAUUGACGGCGUUACCCAGGAGAACAGUCUGUUCGGUAUGAUUAAGAACACUCAUAAAUCAAACCCCGAAUAUGUCAUCAGUGCCUACUCGGAUAACGCUGCUGUCCUAUCUGGUGAUGAGGGUAACUACUGGGCUCCAGACUAUUCUACCGGAAGCUGGAAGCUUACUCGCGAGGUUGUUCAGCCUCUCAUCAAGGUUGAAACCCAUAACCACCCAACAGCCAUCUCCCCCUUCCCGGGUGCUGCAACUGGUAGCGGUGGUGAGAUUCGUGAUGAAGGUGCUGUUGGACGAGGUUCUUCCCCCAAGGCUGGACUUGCUGGUUUCUGGGUCUCUGAUCUCCUGAUUCCUGGCAACAAGAGGCCUUGGGAACUGGACAUUGGACGCCCCUCUCACUACGCUUCCAGUCUCGACAUCAUGCUCGAAGCCCCCAUUGGCUCUGCCCGCUUCAACAACGAAUUCGGUCGCCCUGCAUUGACUGGCACUUUCAGGACUCUGCUCACUAACGAGCCUGGAUCUGACGCCACUGAGUUCAGGGGAUACCACAAGCCUAUUAUGAUCGCUGGUGGUAUCGGCAGUGUUCGUCCUCAACAUGCUCUCAAGGAAGAGAGCCAUGUCGAGGAGGGUGCUCAUGUCAUCGUUCUUGGUGGCCCUGCCAUGUUGAUUGGUCUUGGUGGUGGCGCUGCGUCUUCAAAUGCCGGCAGCGAGGCCACGGCGGACCUCGACUUUGACAGCGUUCAGCGUGGUAACCCUGAGAUGGAACGUCGUGCCCAGAUGGUGAUCAACACCUGCGUUGCUCUUGGGCCAGAAAGCCCCAUUGCUUUCAUCCAUGAUGUUGGUGCUGGUGGUCUGUCCAACGCUCUCCCUGAGCUUGUUAAGGAUGCCGGUUUUGGUGGCAACUUCGAGCUUCGACAAGUUGAGAGUGCUGACAACUCCAUGUCUCCUCUCCAGAUUUGGUGCAACGAGGCACAGGAGCGAUAUGUUCUUCUCGUGAACAGGGACGGCCUCAACCGCUUUACAAGCAUCUGCCGACGAGAGCGAUGUGGUUUCUCUGUUGUCGGAAAUGCUGUCACUAAGGACGAGAGUGGGGUUUCCAGGCUUGUCCUGACAGAUCGGGAACCCACAGUUCAGCCUCCCACUGACCCCAUCAAUCUUCCCAUGGAUGUUCUUUUCCCUCCUGGACGACGAAUCUCCAAGGACGUUCAGCGCGUCCAGAAGAACCUCCGACCUUUCGAUGCCGUCAAGAGUCUCAGCGAGCAGUGUGGCAGCUCUGACAUCGGUGAGAUGGUCACCAAAGCCACUGAACUGGUCUUCAACCUUCCUUCAGUCGGAUCGAAGAACUUCCUUAUCACCAUCGGUGACCGUACCGUCGGCGGUCUCUCCGUUCGUGAUCAGCUUGUCGGUCCUUGGCAGACUCCUGUUGCUGAUGUUGCUGUCACCCUCACCAGCUUCAGUCUCGAUGAUAAGAAGCGACGAGGUGAAGCCAUGGCCAUGGGCGAGAAGCCUAACCUUGCUCUUAUCUCGGCUGCUGCCUCCGCUCGCAUGGCCGUUGUUGAGAGUCUGAUGAACCUUGGUGCUGCCGAUAUCAAGCCCGGUCCUGUCAAUGGAGAUCUCAAGCGCGUCAAGCUUUCCGCCAACUGGAUGGCCGCUGUUGGUCACCCUGGAGAGGGCGCUGCUCUUUAUGAAGCUGUCCAGGCUAUCGGUAUGGAGCUUUGCCCACAGCUUGGUGUUUCUAUUCCUGUCGGUAAGGACUCUUUGUCGAUGAAGGCCUCCUGGAAGGAUAAGGAGACCUCUGAUUCCCACACCGUCACUGCCCCUGUGUCACUGGUCAUCUCGGCCUUCAGCUUGGUUGAGGAUGUUCGCAGCACUUGGACACCUCAGCUUCGCCGUGUCGAGGAGGUUGGUGAGACUGUGCUUGUCUUUGUCGAUCUUGCUCAGGGCUUCCGUGCUAUGGGUGGCUCUGCUCUUGCCCAGACUCUUGGCCAGAUUGGAGACGAGUCUCCUGAUGUCCGCGACGUCCAGAUCAUCCGUGACUACUUUGACGCUCUGUGGCAACUUCACCAAGAGAACAUCGUUCUUGCCUACCACGACCGAUCCGACGGUGGUCUGCUCACUACUGUCGCUGAGAUGAUGUUUGCUGGCCGAGUCGGCGCUGAUAUCUCACUGGAUGACCUUGCUGAGUCUGAGGACAAGGUGCUCGAUGCCCUGUUCAACGAGGAGUUGGGUGCUGUUUUCCAGAUCCGCCGAGGUGAAGAGACCAGAUUCAAGAGAUGCUUCGCCACAUGUGGUCCUCCUCACGGUCUGAUCAAGACUAUCGGUUACGUCCGCCCCACCAGCAAGCAGUCGCUUUUGGUCAAGUACAGAUCCAAGACGAUUGUCGACCUGGAGCGCGCCAAGAUCCAGCAGUGGUGGACCAGCACUUCUUACGAGAUGCAGAAGCUGCGAGACAACCCCGACUGUGCCAACUCCGAGCUCGAGGCCAUUCAGGACAACAAGGAUCCUGGUCUGCAUUACAAGCUGAAGUUUGACCCUGCUGAUGUCAGCCUGCCAGCUAUGACCAGCCUCAAGAGCCUUGUCAAGAAGCCUAGGGUUGCCAUUCUCCGAGAGCAAGGUGUCAACGGUCACGCUGAGAUGGCUUUCGCUUUCCGAGCUGCUGGCUUCGAUGCAGUUGAUGUUCACAUGUCUGAUAUCCUUGGCGGUCUUUCUUUGGAGGGAUUCCGAGGUCUUGCUGCCUGCGGUGGUUUCUCCUACGGUGAUGUUCUUGGUGCCGGCAACGGCUGGGCCCAGUCCAUCUUGAUGCACGAUGGUGCUCGCAAGACCUUCGAGGCUUUCUUCAACCGUCCUGAUACCUUCUCAUUCGGUGUAUGCAACGGUUGUCAGAUGUUGACCCGACUCAAGGAGCUUAUUCCUGGAGCCGACCACUGGCCAACAUUCGUUGAGAACGCUAGCACACAAUUCGAGGGCCGAUACUCUAUGGUCACCAUUGAAGACAAGUCCGAGAACUCUGUCUUCUUCAACGGCUUGAACGGCUCUUCGUUCCCCAUUGUCGUCUCCCACGGUGAGGGCCGAGCUGAAUUCUCCUCUGGCAGUGACCUGUCUUCUAUCAAUGACUCCGGUCUUAUUCCCCUCCGCUACAUCGACAACUACGGUUCCGUUACUGAGAGAUACCCCUUCAACCCCAACGGUAGCCCUCAGGGUAUCGCUGGUGUGAAGAGCAGGGACGGCCGCGUCGUUGCUAUGAUGCCUCACCCCGAGCGAACCAUCAUGGCUGAUGUUGGUUCGUGGAAGCCAGAGGGCCAGUUGGCCGAAUGGGGUCAAUUCGGCCCUUGGUUCCAACUGUUCUUGAAUGCUCGCAAGUGGGUUGCUUAG